AUGUCACCCGGAAGAACAAAAGACGAACUCAAAAUCUUGACUCCUGUUGGCCAGUUUGGCCAGGGGUGGAAUGCCGGCGUCUUCUGGGACACGGUCGAAUCUGGUGUAGAUGCCAUCAUUGCCGAUGCUGGCUCGACUGAUAGUGGACCCGGACGUCUAGCACUCGGGAAGACUGCAGCCUCUAUGGCAGGUUAUAGGAGAGAUUAUGGGGAAGUGGUCAAGGCUUGCCAUACCCAUCGUGUUCGCUGCCUCAUUGGCUCUGCUGGAGGCUCUGGUUCGAACGCUUUCGUCGAUAUGAGUACUCAGAUUGUCAAAGAGAUCAUUAAAGAGAAUGGCUACCGUCCCAUGAAAGUCAUCAGCAUCUACGCCGAGAUACCGAAAGACCUUGUUCGCCAGAAACUCAAGGAUAACCUCGUUAGUCCAUGUGGACACAGUGUCCCUGAGCUACUGGAGAACGACAUCGAUGCUGCAACCAACAUUGUCGCACAGAUGGGCUUGGAGCCUUAUGUAAAAGCAAUGAACGAGAACCCGGACUUUGACAUUAUCAUCGGGGGUCGAGCCUAUGAUCCCGCGCCAUACGCGGCGUUCUGCAUUCAUCACGGCUUUAACGAUAUGGCCAUAAACUAUGCCAUGGGUAAGAUCAUGGAAUGUGGAGCACAGUGCGCGAUACCGAAAUCAAGAGAAUGUCUAGCAAUUGUCCGUCACGAUAGCUUCGAUCUCGUCCCACUCCAGCCAGGAGCACGGUGCACUCCCGUGUCAGUCGCUGCCCAUCUCUUAUAUGAGAAGAGUAGACCAGAUAUACUUCAAGGGCCAGGUGGUGAACUUCAUACCCGUGAUAUGACGUACGAGCAGGUUGAUGGACGCACGGUGAGAGUGCGAGGUCCCAAGUUCAUUCCACAGCCAGAGGGCGAGUAUACACUCAAGCUGGAGGCUGCGCGUGUCAACGGCUAUCAGUCCAGUUUUGUGGGGGCUUUCAGAGACCCAAUCUUAAUUUCACAGCUCGACACUUGGAUCCCUACCGUUAAAGAAACAGUAAGAGGCAGGAUCUCUGGCGACUACGAAUAUGAGACAAAAAUUAUCACAUACGGUAUUAAUGGCGUCAUGGGACGUCUCGAACCGAACAAGAGCGUCCCGAAGGAGGUUUGCGUUGUUGUCCAAUGUAGGGCACCUACACAGGAGCAGGCGAAUGAGGUGGCCAACAGGACCAAGAUGGGUCUUACUCAUGCACCGUACCCCGGACAGCUCGCCACUGCUGGAAACCUUGCUUGGCCUAUCACCCCUUGCGAAACCCCUAUAGGUCCAGUACCCGAAUUCUGCAUGUACCAUCUCAUUCACAAAGCGGAUCCUGUUGGGCUGUUCCCUAUUAAGGUGGAUGACGUCCAUGGAUCUAACGAGUUUGUUGAUACUCCCCGUGAAAAAUUUGCUCUGAAAGCCGACGCUGCGGUAGCAAAUAUCAAGACUCCAGCAAAGACGAUCGACCAACCAAAAACGUAUUAUCUACAGCCCGAGCCGCCUGCGGGAACAUGCUAUCUUGGAGAUCUUGCCUCAGUGGUCCGCAGUAAAAUCGCAGGCCCAUAUGAAGUGACCUUUGACGUCAUGUUCCUGGACGACGAGAUAUACAAGAAGGUGAAAAGGUCGAACCUGUUGUCGGCAGCGGCUGUGGCCAAGCUGUAUCAUAUUCCUGAGAGCGACAUAAUUGUUGCUUUAUGGUGGGAUCCCGCAAGGGCAUUCAAAGCCACCAUUCCAAGGUACCGCGCCUCGGCUGGAUUUGAGGAGACGGACACACAUGGUUCGCAACAACAUGCUCCUCUUCUGUACUUGAGCCUUCCUUGGGACAGGGAGUAG